UCAAUUAACAACAAGGAAAGACAAUAAACAACCAUCGGAAUCAGAAUAUUUCCAUAGUAUCGACUUCAUUAUAAAUAAUAAUAUUUCAUUGUAAUAAAAUAAAUAAAUAACUGUUGUUUACCAUACUUUUUCAUUAAAAGUCAAUUAGAAUACUGACCCACAAUGAGUGAUUCUUUCUCAAAAUAUGACGAUGUUUUGACAUCAAUUUUGGUUAAUGAAAAGUCUAUAUUGGGAUUCCUUUCAGCAAUAUUUAAUUUUUUAGCUAGACGAACGGACUUCUAUAUAGUACCCGAUGGACCCUACGAAAACAUAGGAUUUCCUCCAGGAGUGGCUGAAGAGUUAGUACUAAAAGUUCUUCGAAAAUGUGAUCCGAAGAACUAUGCUGGCAAUGGAGCAAGAAGACCAGAACAUAACUCAGAAUUUAAUAAUGAAAUAAUGUGUUCAACGGUUGGCCAAGAGGUUGAAGUGGUAUCUGAAGAUGUCGAAGAUUGUCCAGAAAAUCCUGCAGAACAGAUAAUCGAGGAAAGCCCUCCAGUGUCCAAUAAGACAGACACACCAAAACUUUUUGACAAUGAACCUUCACAGUCAUAUGUUCCACCAGUUAUACCUACACAAAAGAAUAGCGAAACUUACAAUGGUGCUGAAAGAGAGACCUACUGCUGGGCCCAAACUAUUAUGGAUCUUGAUAUAACAGUCAGACUGCCCCCAGAAAUAAAAUCGUCCAAAGAUCUCAAAGUUACAAUAAACGCUGGUGAUAUCUGUGUAGCCCGUCGCAAUGGAGACGUGAUCAUCAAAGAUACUCUUCCGUACAAGAUCAAAGCAAUUGAAAGCUUCUGGAGCAUCAGUGAAGGGAAGCUGCUCAUACAUUUAGAGAAAAUUCAAGAACGCUGGUGGAACAAAUUUUUGAAUAGUGAAGAAGCUAUUGAUCUGUCCAAAAUAGACUGCUCCCGACCUCUUGAUGAGCUUCCGGAAGAUCAUAUAGCAAAGGUGAGAGAACUACAAUGGAAUCAAGAACAGAAACUGAAGGGGCUACCAACUAGUGAUGAGAUUCGAAACAUCGAAGUCCUAAAGAAGGCCUGGAACGCCCCGGGGUCGCCAUUCCAGGGGCAAAAGUUUGACCCAAGCGUGCUCUCCCAGUCCUUACCGCCUUUACAGAAAGAAUAAAUUAUAUAGGUAAAUUUAAAAGUUAUUUCAUUUUGCUUGAUACAUUCCUGGAAUGUGGGAAUCUGAGUAUAUUGUUUAAAUCUUGAAAACUCAAUGUACCGUUAUAAGAUUUUGAAUAACUAAAUUGAAACUGUUGCGUUGCGUUUUAGUAUUUAUAUAUAAUAUAGGUUUUAAACGCGCACGUAAUUUGUAUUUUGUAUUUUAUAUAACUACAAAAAAACAAAUAUAAUGUAAUCGUGAGGCCCAAACUUAAUGCGUCUACUACCUUCAAUCUUAAAUGUGACAAUGUGUGUAGCCAAAAAUUAUGAAAAGCAACAUAAAUAUGAUGCAAUUUUUUUGCUUCUACGUGUCAUACCUAUGCUGAUGAAAAUUAUAGAAAAGUGAUGUAAAAUGAACUGAAUGUCUGGCUGGCAUGAUGGUAGAAUAAAUGAAUUUCUUUGCAAAUUUUUAUUUUGUUUUAUGUAAGUGCUAUUAACUCUUAUUGUAUAUGUAGGAUACAAACAAAAUUUCAACAGAUCAUUUUAUAGCGUGUGCUAAAAUCCGGAUAACACCAGUUUGCCGAUUAAGCUCUUGUUUUCCAGUAGUUUAUGAGCUUCUUUCAAAUUCGCAGCAUUAAUUGGUUUCAAAACUCUAUUCAGGGUGCAUUUCAGCUCUCCAGUCUCUAAUUUCUUCGAGACAAUAUUCAAAAUCUCGUGGUGUCUGAUCAUAUCUUCAGUUUCGUAUUUGAUCCUUGUCCCCAUCAUUUCUGAUGUCAAUGUGAGGCUUUUAUCCUUCAGCGCUCUUAAAUCAACUAAACCACUACUGUCUACGAUGAGACAAAUACGUCCUUGAGGUUUGAUAGCUUGCAUUAUAGUGUCCCAAUAUGGAUAAGGAUCAUAAUUAACCAUGAUAAAAUCAACGCCUUUCUUAUACCCGUGAGAGUCUAAUUGCGGCAGAAGAUCUUGGGUAUGGUUUAAAACGAUAUCAGCGCCGUUUUGGCGCGAAAAUUCUAUAGUCUCUGGCCGAGAGGCAGUUCCAAUGACUUUGAGCCCCGAAGUCUUUGCCAGCUGGGAAGCAAUAGAACCUACACCACCGGCACUAUUGAUUAUCAACAGUGUCUUCCCUUUAUCUUUCUCGGUUAAAAGCAGUCUGUCAAAAAGUGACUCGUAUGCGGUCACCGCCGUUAAGGGCAUAGCGGCAGCUUGCUCGAACGAUAAAUUCUUCGGUUUUAUCCCAACAAGGACCUCGUUCAAGGCUACGUACUGAGCGUUGGCUCCAUUUUUCCGCAA